AUGGAUCAUCUGUCUGGCCAAGAUAAUUCUACUAUACGAUCACCAUCAUUUCCUCUUCGACAGAGCUUUCCACAUGCGAAUCUUGACUUGGCCAAUACACUUCUUUCGGACGCCAUGAACAGCAUCGAGGAUAGCGAGGACCAGAGUCGAGUUGCUUCAGCACCGCUGAAGACUCCAGACUCCGAGAAAUCCCAGUUUUUUGAUCUACAUCCACCAGUCUCGAGGUCAAGCAAUGUCAAGAUUGAAGAUCUAGCAAAGAGGCUAUUCUCUGAAGAACACUUGCUUUUCAUUCUGCACGAUCAUGCAUUAUUUCAAAAGUUUUCCAUCUUUAUGAAUCGAUUUAGACCUCAUUUGGUGCCGAUCUUGGUUAGAUAUUUGGAGAUGACGAAGGCUAUGAAAGCAAUCGAGUACGCAAAUGCAGUCGCGCGAAAGAUUCGAUGGCCCUCCCAUGCAGACUUACGGAAAUUCUCCAGAGUUCAGGCUGCUGCUGUAGACGUUCAAUUCGACGAUUAUUCGACGAAAGAGCUCAUUUUGCUGGUCAAGGAAGCUCUACCUGCAUGGGUAACUUAUAAUUUAACUAAUAUUGUUGUCGACUGCGUUGAAAAGGAUAUAACAGGUCAUAGAGUUCCAUUGCUGCAAGAUUUGGUGGGAAAUCUUGCAGAGGUUUUUUGCCUUACAGAUCCAUCUGUUCAUGACAAUCCUAUAGUAUACGCUACAGAAGAAUUUCAUCAAACUACUCAAUAUGGAACGGAGUAUGCCAUUGAUAGUAACUGUCGAUUCCUUCAAGGCCCAUGCACAGACAAAGAUGCUAUAAUCCGAGUGUCCCAAGCUAUUGCCCGUGGGCAAGAGGUCAGCGAGACCUUAUUGAACUAUCGCCGAGAUGGAACUCCCUUCAUAAAUCUCUGCAUAAUUGCUCCACUCCAUGAUGAUAAAGGAACCGUUCGCUACUUUAUUGGUGCUCAAAUUGAUGUUAGCGGGCUCGUUGAAGAAGGUCGAGGCAUCGAAUCAUUCCAAGCUUUGCUCCGAAAGAACCAAGAAGCCAGCCAAAUCUCUCCGAAUGGUGACACUACUAGUACUAGGGGCCCUCGUCUUUCAGAAAAUGGAGAUUUAGACACCAAGAAAUCAACAUUUCAUGACAGAACACAGGACAUGCUUGGAAAGCUCCAGGAGCUGAGCAAUAUGUUCAGUCAAGACGAGGCGGAUAUCGUCACAAAAAGUUCUCGGCUUUCCGGUAGCGAUAAAAGCAGUGAUGCAAGCUCAAUAAGUUCUGGGGUGCCGACAAUUUAUAACGGCCGCGGUCCGAAAAGAAUACUAGAUUCAGAAGAUACAUCUGUUUUCGGAUAUCGUCUCUCUCAACUCAAUCUCGGACACAAUGGGCCGGGUGCGAGCUUACCGGGCGUCUACAAGCAUUAUCUUCUGGUGAAACCUUAUCCAAGUUUACAAAUCACGUUCGUGUCGCCGAGCUUACGUCUUCCCGGUCUACUGAGAACGAAUCUCUUUAGCAAGCUAGGAGGAUCACAAAACACAUUAUCGGCACUAGAAGAAGCUUUCAAAGAUGGAGUAGCUGUAACAGCCAAAGUAUUGUGGCUGCCUAAAAAUAACGGCGGUGAUAAUGGUAUGAUGACAGGAAUAGGGAGAGAGGCCAAACCUAAAUGGAUUAGAUGUACACCAUUAUUGGGAAACGAUGGUCGAGUUGGUGUUUGGAUGGCUGUGAUGGUUCCCGUAGAAGGUGAUGGAGGAUGUGGAAGUAACGGACAUACAAUGAGGUUGGGAGUUCCAAACAUGCCUUCACCCAUUUCAGGCGGCAUGGUUCUAGGCAUGGAGUGGGAUGGAAUAGUUGACUAUGAUGUUGGAACAAACAUCGUCAAGGAAAUGGAUAAAAACGUACACCAUCAAACAAGCAUUCACGGGGAUCACAGCAUUGUGUUACCACAAUAUACUAAUGGACGAAUAAGCCGUGCGAGUGUAAUGACCCAUAGAGACGACAUGUCGACUGCAGAGGAUCCUGAGUUUGAGACGGGAAAAUCAAGAGACGCAAGAGCUGGAACCGUACCACCAAGUGGUCUAACUUAUGGAAGAAAUCAUGGGGGAUACGGAUAUGGAAUAAGAAGGAGCAGUUCUCAAACACAAUUAUCCAACCGGGCACAUGGCGAAAGGAGACACGCCGGCGGAGGACUGCAAGCUGGAAGCCCUUCGAGAGGGCAAGGCCGACUUUGGAUGGACGCCACCAAAGGAAGUGAUACAGAGAUGUAUGCGGAAUACUUGAGGAGCUCAUCCUCUGCUUCAGGAAGCAUUAAAACUAGCAAUGUGAGAGUACACUCGAGGACGGGUGUAAGGGGCAGGAGAGAUAGUGGGAUUGUUGCGGAGAGCUGA